AUGUUCACUUCACUCAAACAUAAGCUCUCCAAGGCAAAGGUAGGUCGUACCUCUGCCAAUGGCCACCUCUUUCAUGGACUGAGUCUGACAUUCUCUCAGGGGGCAAGUAAGAUGCAGCAGGAGUCAUCCUCCAUCCCCCAUCCUCAGGCCAACAACACACCUACAACACGAAAGCCCACUGCCGUCCGAGAUAAUGGAGACGCGCCGCCAGCCUACUCACCAGCACCCAAUGCUGCACCCAUGACCCAGCAACGCAACACCACCGUCUCUUCCCCAGCCUCCUCCGGCGCAGACGACCCCUACGCCUUCCUCACAAGCUUCGACACCAUCUUCCUCAUCGACGACUCGGGCUCCAUGGCCGGCGGCCGCUGGCGCGAAACCGGCCUCGCCCUCGAAACCAUCACCCCGAUCUGCACCGCCCACGACGCGGACGGAAUCGACAUCUACUUCCUCAACCACACCGACUCCCCCUUCCACCACAACAUCACCAACGCCAGCACCGUGCGCGAGAUCUUCCAAACCGUCCGUCCCCGCGGCGCAACCCCGACCGGCCAACGCCUCAAUGCCCUCCUGAAACCCUACCUCCACGCCUACCAACGCCACCCGGACACCACGAAACCCAUCAAUCUCAUCUGCAUCACCGACGGCGAACCCAGCGACGACGUCGAAUCCCCGCUCAUUGCCGCCGCCAAGAAACUCGACCGGCUGGACGCGCCGGCUUGGCAGGUCGGCGUGCAGUUCUUCCAGGUCGGGCGGGAUGACGAGGCGAAGAAGCACUUGAAGCAGCUCGAUGACGAACUCGCUGAGAUUUCUGGGGAUGAUGAUUUGAGGGAUAUCGUCGAUACGGUCCCCUUCACGGGUGCGGAGGGGACGUAUCUGUCUGGGGAUGGGAUUCUGAAGGUCGUGCUGGGUGCGGUGAAUCGGCGGCUCGAUCGGAAGAAGAGUAAGGAUCUUCAUCGAUAG